AUGGAACUGGACCACAAGAUUGCCGCCUACAAAAUCGUCGCCUACUCGGCGAUCGCGUUCGGCGCCGUGUCAAUCCUAUCCAUCUGUGUCACGCUGCCGUUGGUGUACAACUACGUGUCGCUGUCGAAGCGCGACCUGACCGUUGAUAUAAAAUACUGCAAGGAUUCCGCAUCGGAAAUCUGGGUGGGCGUGACGAAGCUGAGGGACCAGCCGAUUUUGGACGCGAGGAAUCUGACGAGGGUCAAGCGCCAGCACCAACCGGUGGAGCUGCUGCCGGAGGAUCAACCGGAAGCGCUGCAGAUGGAGGUUCCGGCGGUUCCUGCGGAGCCUCCUGCUGCCGCCCAGGCCCGCCCGGCGCCGGUGGCCCUGCCGGCAAGAAUGGGCCCCACGGAAAACCCGGGGCCCCCGCCGUGUCCGAUGGGCCCAGCUGGGCCCAUGGGCCCCGCUGGCCCUCCCGGAUCGGAUGGAAUGCCGGGCAGUAUGGGAGCACCAGGAGGAGACGGUCAGCCCGGGAUGGUCGGUCCCAAGGGCCCUUCCGGAAACCCGGGAAAGCCGGGGGCCCCUGGACAGGCCGGUCCGCCCGGCACGGAUGCCGAGAUGGGCAGCCCGAUGCCGGCGGUGGCUGGAGCACCAGGAGGAGCGGGACCCGAUGGACCGAAGGGGCACGACGGUAUGCCCGGGAUGCAUCAUGGUGCUGGACCGAUCGGACCGCCUGGGCCGCCGGGCCCUCCCGGCGCGCCCGGCAACCCCGGAAAAGCCGGAACGGACGGAACUUCCGGAAAGGACGGAGCGCUCGGAGAGAUGGGCAUCUGCCCCAAGUACUGUUCCAUCGAUGGGGGCAUCUUUUUCGAGGACGGCACACGACGA